AGGAAUUCCGAUGUCGGCUUCAAUAUUUCAACGUCUCUAGUUUGUCGCUUCCAGCAGCAAUAUAAACAUAGACACAGACAAGCGCUGAAGAUGGAGACCGACGCCAAAGUUAAACAGUCCUCGACAGCAGAUCCCAACUCCUUCGCCUGGACCUCUGCCAGGGAGCGAUGGCCGGUGAUUUUGACCGGAGCCAUUGAUGAUGUGCACAAGGCUGUGUCGAAAGAGACAGAUGCCGCCAAGCUAGAGGAGGGCAAGAAAAUCACAAAUGAGCUCGCGACUUUGAAAUAUGAACCCCUCGCCGAUGAUGGCGGCUCAGAUAUUGCAGCCUACAACCACGAACUUCAACAGCGAGGCAAUCCCAAAUGGCACGAUGUCGCCUGGCUGUACGCCGAAUGCUACCUGUACCGCCGCAUGGCAACCAUCUUCGCUCUCUCAAAGCAUUGGAAGAGCUACGAUGUCUUCUCAAAGCAGAAGACCGCCACGUUCCGCUCUUCUCGACCUGCGGUCCUUGAGCUUGCAGCCAGGUACAAUGACCUGACAAAGCAGCUUGAGUCGAACAAGUCAGCACUGGCAACAGCAUCAGAGGAAGAACGCACACAGGCGGAAAAACUACUCUUCGUCGAAAUGUCCGAGAUCUGCCUCUGGGGCAACGCAACAGAUCUCAGUCUACUCACAAAUCUGAGCUACGACGAUAUCCAAAAACUCCAAGGCUCCAACGCCCGCAAAGCAAACGAAGACAAAAUCCUCGUCAACGACUUCGACAAAGCCUUCUCCAUCCUCAAACAGGCCCAAACCUCCGGCGCCAAAGAACGCAGAGUCGAUAUCGUUCUCGACAACGCCGGCUUCGAACUCUUCGUCGACCUAAUCCUCGCCGGCUACCUCCUGCAGUCCGGCCUCGCAACCCACAUCGUCCUCCACCCAAAGAAUAUCCCCUGGUUCGUCUCCGACGUCGUACCCAAAGACUUCGCAGAUUUACUUUCUGUCCUCGUAAAUGCGAAACACUUCUACGAAACUCCCUCCGAAGACGAUCAAGCCCGCGGCGUAACACCCCAACCCAUCUCCCAAAAAGAAAGCGCAGACCUCCAAGCCUUAUUCCAGAACUGGUCACACCUCUACCAAGAAGGCCAAAUCGUCCUCCGGCCUAACACUUUCUGGACAGAAGGCGGAUCGUAUUGGCGUUUACCCAGUACCGCGCCAGCACUAUACGAAGAUUUGAAGAGUUCGGAAUUGGUGAUUUUCAAAGGUGAUUUGAAUUAUAGGAAACUUACUGCGGAUGGGAUGUGGGAUCCUACGACGCCUUUUAGUGAGGCGAUUGGGCCGAUGGGAGUCGGGAGUGGUGUUAGAGUUUUGGCGUUGAGGACUUGUAAGGCGGAUGUUGUGGUGGGGCUGCCGGAGGGGAAGGAUGAGGAGUUGAGGGGGCAGGAUGGGGGUGUGGAUGGGGAUAAGAGGAAGUGGGCUUGGAGUGGGAAGUGGGCUGUUGUGAGCUUUUUUGAUGGGAAGGCUUAAGAAUGUGGCGCGGUUGUAUAGAGAGGUAAAUGGGGUAAGUAGAGCAUAGACUGGCGACUGUGAUGCAGUCAGGGCACGGAAAAGCGCGAAGCGCGAAGCGAUAGAGGAUAGCGUAGUGGCCAGUGGUUAUCAGCCCGGAAAAAGCGUAUCUGUCAUUCGUCAUUCAUUCA